GGAGGAGCUGGGUCGGGCAAGAGGCGCCGGGGCCGCGGCAGUAGAGCCCAACCGGCGUCGGAGGAGGGGGAGAAUGGCGACGGGGGACUCGGAGCAGAUUCGCUACUGCGCCCGCUUCUCGUACUUGUGCCUCAAGUUCAGCCUCAUCACCUACUCCACCGUGUUUUGGUUGCUAGGAGGAUUUGUCCUAGCUGUUGGUAUUUAUGCAGAAGUUGAAAGACAGAAGUACAAGACCCUCGAAAGUGCCUUUUUAGCUCCAGCAAUUAUUCUAAUUCUCCUGGGCAUUAUAAUGUUCCUUGUUUCCUUUGUGGGUGUAUUGGCUUCUUUAAGGGACAACUUAUGCCUUCUCCAAGCAUUCAUGUACAUCUUGGGCAUUUGUUUGCUGAUUGAAUUAAUUGGUGGAGUUAUGGCAUUACUCUUCAGAAAUCAGACAAUUGACUUUUUAAAUGAAAACAUUGGAAAAGGAAUUGAGAAUUACUACGAUGACUUGGACUUCAAAAACAUAAUGGAUUUUGUUCAAAAGCAGUUUAAAUGCUGUGGAGGAAAAGAUUAUACGGAUUGGUCACAGAAUCAGUACCAUGCCUGCUCUGCUCCAGGACCAUUAGCCUGUGGAGUUCCUUACACUUGUUGCGUCACAAAUAAGACAGCAGUUGUUAAUACCAUGUGUGGAUAUAAAACUAUCAAUGAAGAGCGUCUGAGUGUUCAACACAUUAUAUAUGUCAGAGGAUGCACCAAUGCAGUUCUUAUUUGGUUCUUGGACAAUUAUGCCAUCAUGGCUGGCAUUCUGCUUGGUAUAUUGUUUCCACAGUUCCUUGGAGUGCUGCUUUCUUUGCUUUACAUCACCCGAGUAGAAGAUAUAAUUACUGAGCACAAGCUUAACGAGUCACUGCUUGAUGGAGGGCGACAGAAGACUGACAUUGAAUUUACUGGAGCAGGGUGCUGUAUGUGUUACCCUGGGUAAUAGUGGGCAUCUCUCUGUGCAAGAUAAAUUACUAACACCCCUUUGUUAUUGUGCCUUGAAUGCAGUCAAACUGUUAAGCGCAUUGUGAAUUGUAAUGAAUAGUACUUAGGAAUCAAGCUUCCAUAAUUUAUUAAUAUUCAGUAUUUCAUCUCUAAGCAUUCUUUUAAGGCAUCAGGGGAUCUUAUAUUGAAAGUGCAUCAAGGGACAGAUUGUUCUUUGUUGCAAAGAGUAUAACUAAUCAAGGAGGAGAUCAGUGACCAGUAAUUGUAGAUAAACUUGCCUAUGCACAAGGGCUGUCUGUGCUUACCUGUGUAAUGGUACUGCUAACAUGGUAAAAUCACCUUUAUUCCUGGCAGUUUUCAGAGCAUGGUAAUUUACUAUCUACACUCAUAAGUCUGUUCACUGGCGUUAUCAAAGAAUAUUGGCAGCCGUGUUUUAUUGCUGACUGAAUUCUGAUUUGUCCCCCCCUCCCAGUUUAUGCCUGUCUUGCAUGUUUGUUUUUAAUUAUUGCCAAGGGCUUUGGCCCCACCAUUAGGCAUAUUUUUUCAAAGCAACUGUAGUGUGUUUCCCACACAGGGACAGGCUUGUGUGGUUUCCCCAUUACUGCUGCAGCUGACAAUACAGUAUAGCAGCAACAGGGCAUCUACAUGACAGAUUUCCCUACAGUUUCCCUGUGUUGGUCCCCUGCUGCCAUCUUCCCCUCUAUCCCAUGACCAGGGCUUUCCCAGUUUUUUUUAAACAUCAGCAAUUGAGUAUUAUAACAUUGUUAUAACUUUUUAACAAUCUGUGUCGCAGGUUCUCUGAAUUUCCAGGUUUCUCUUGUAAAAAAAUCUCUAGCUCCCCACUCCUCCACUUGAAGCCAGCUGGGUGACCUUGGGCUAGUCACGGCUCUCUGGAGCUCUCUCAGCCCCACCCACCUCACAGGGUGUUUUGUUGUGGGGAUAAUAAUGACAUACUUUGUAAACCGCUCUGAGUGGGCAUUUAGUUGUCCUGAAGGGCGGUAUAUAAAUCGAAUGUUGUUAUUAUUAUUAUUGCAGCUAUCUUUCCCUUUAUAUCUCCACAAUGAUAGGGACUAGAGAAAUCACUUUAAAAAAAUGUAAGAGGGGAAUUCAGAAAAUCUGAUACACAGAUUGUUAUACAGACAUUAAUAGUAGAUUUUAAAAACAGUUUAAAAGCCUCCCAGUGGCGAGGGCGGCAGGGUGGAAUGGCCACAUGGACACUGGAUCAGGGAAAAUGGCUGUCAUGUGAGUGGGACUGGGAAAAUCUGAACUUUCCCACCCACAUGGCAGCCAUCCAGGCUUCGCUUCAGUUUUCCCCAAAAUUUUGCAGCAAAGAAGGUUUGCAAAAGAUUGGAGAAAAGCUGGGGGAAACUUGUGAAAUGCACGAAUGCACCAUGGUGCUAUGCAGAAGGAGUGAAAAAACCCUGCUUCUCAGCAGCAUCAAACCCAGGACAAAUAACCCAUGUGGAAAAGUUCUGGAUAAGAAUUAUUUUGCAGAAGUGUUCGAAUGAAACAUUAUUGAAUUUGUGUACUGUAUAAUACUUUAACUUCCUAAUUUUUCAAAUUGUGCCUUCAUGUGGAUUCUUAACACUGAAAUAUCUUUAUACAUUUUCAGGAAGUGAUUUCCUAUAUCUGUGCAAUCAUAUUUUUAUGCUGCUUCUAAUGGUUUACUGAAAACACUUUGGGAGGUCUUGACUGAGUCUCUUGUGCCUUUCUAAAUCAAGCCACUCUCUGACUCAAGACAGCUAAUAAUCAUUGCUUUUUUAAAAAAUGCAAUUUACUACUGUACAGAUUUUUGUAUAUUUUAUUUGGUUUUACUGAUAAGUUUGAAUCUUGUAUUUUCCUUUUCCCAGAUUGACUGGAAUUCUUGUGUAUCCUGCUGUGUUCACUGUGUACUUAAUUUUUAUAUGGAAAAUAAAUUUUAUGAUUUUGUAAAAA